GGAAGAAGCGAACAUUAUAGCGGUUUCGUGUCUGCGUUCUUUGGCUUCCGUGGCCGUCAAUCCGUCUCCUCCCUCGAGACCUAAAUCGCAGCGGGAGUUCGUCGAGGAAAUCACACAUCAUCUGCAGUGGCACAACGAAGAUCCUAGAUGCUGAGAUGGAUCAUAAUGGAAUCUGGAAUCAUCCACAACAUGACCCUCAAUUAAGCUCAGACAAUCCAACAAGAGCUGGUGACCAUCCAUCAUCCAGUUCCAGUUCAGGAUUUCCAAUUUCUUCUGCUGCCAUUCCUGGAACAUCAAAUAGUUCUCACAUAGAUCCUGAGUGUCAUGAAAGUUUUGGAAACUUUCCACCAAACCAAGCCCUAAAUGAACCUUCUUGUUAUGAACAACCUAUAAGAGGCGAUGGAUACAACACAAUUUAUCCUCAGAUGGACUAUAGAAGGAUUGCAUUCAAAAGAAAAAGCCCAGUUAUGCCUGUAAUUGCUGACAGAGCUAAUACUACCGGACACUAUCAAGCUGGAAGUUCUUCCAACUGUCCCUCUUACCCUACUAGUUUAGAACCAAGGGUUUCUCCAAGUCCUGAAUGCUGGCCUUUGGACACCCUAAACAUGCCAGCCGGCUACAGAAAUGACAAUAAUAUCACUGGGGAAAGACUGCAGAGGAAUGUAAGAAGCCGGCAAACUGAAGACUUUCAGUUAAACCCAGCUUGGUUCUAUGACUCAAGAUUUAUGGCUUACCCAUUUUAUUCAUCCUGUAAUACUUCUGAUCCAAGAAUGGCACAGCAAUGGAACCAACUUUCUGCACCCAUGGUUCCCCAAGGGCAGCUUCCAACUCCAGGUGCUUUUAAUCAUGAGGUGAGCCGACCCACUGCAAGAGCCAAUGCUAACUGCGGUACCACUGCCAGUAAUAAUGCGUAUCUUUCUCAUCCCAAUCAUAAUAUAAACAGAAGUGUUCCUCUGCCAGCUCUUCAACACCCUUCCAUCCAAGGAAUGGUGCCAGCUCAAAGUGGUCACAACCGCAUGGUCGUCCCUUAUAGCACCAUCUCAAGCUAUUCAGGCACCGGGAUGUCAAUUGCAUCUGAUAUCGAAGUCCCGAUGGGCAUGGACGCAGCUGCACCUUCAAGAUAUAUGAGGCCACUGUCUAUCAUAGGGCACACUGGCCAUGGGGAAAGACACAGUGCAAGACAUGCACAUCGGAGAUCUCAUUUAAUAUUCAGUCAACAUACUGCAUAUAAUAGAUUGGCACCUGAGGGUAUUUUGAUGACUGAUUGGUCAGCCUUCUAUGACUCGGUGAGUUUACUUGAUCAGCACAGGGACAUGAGACUGGAUAUUGACAACAUGAGCUAUGAGGAAUUGCUUGCUUUGGAAGAAAGGAUAGGGAAUGUCAGCACAGGCUUGUCGGAAGAGACCAUUUUAAGAAGCAUGGUGGAGAUGGUUUACCAUUCUAAUCAAAUCCAGGAGGAGGGACAGUGUGCAAUAUGCCUGGAAGAGUACAAAGACAAGGAGAAACUGGGAACACUGAACUGUGGGCAUGAUUUCCACGUUGGCUGCAUCUCCCAGUGGUUGCAAAUGAAGAAUGUUUGUCCAAUUUGCAAGGAUUCUGCCUCUGGUAACACUUGGAAGGAGCAAUGAUUUCUUUAUUAACAAGCUUUACUUAGUGAUGUUAUUUUAUUCUUCCAAAUCCUACAUUGAUUGUUCUUCAAGGAUUAGCUGAGUUUGUGUCUCUGUAUAUUUGGGUUUAAAAAAUUAAGCCACUAAUGAUACCAUAUUUAGUCCCCA